AUGAGAGAAGUUUCUUCACUCGAGGUCAAAGGUGACACCUGCCUUAUAAAAACCUCCCUGGCUCAGGGCUCCUCACCAGUGCUGCUGCCUCCACACUUCUGUGCAUUGAGGGGUGAAUGCGAAGUUAGGGAGAUGACGAAGCUGGAAGACUACCUGGAGGGAAUCAUCAACAUCUUCCACCAGUACUCCAUUCGGCUGGAGAAUUAUGACACCCUCAACAAGAGUGAGCUGAAGAAGCUGAUCACAAAGGAACUUCCAAAUGCCCUCAAGAACACCAAAGACCAACCUUCCAUUGACAAAGUGUUCCAAGAGCUGGAUGCUGAUAAAGAUGGACAGGUCACCUUUGAGGAAUUCGUAGUCCUGGUGUCCAAGGUGCUGAAGACUGCCCAUGCUGAUAUCCACAAAGAGUAG